AUGGAUAUUGUGCUAGAAAUUUGUGAUUACUAUCUUUUUGAUAGAGUCUAUGCCAAGGUUCUUCCAGCAUCUACCCAACUUCCUGAUGUGUUUGCAUCGAAGCUCAAGAUUGCAUCGGCUCCAUUUCAAUUUAGUACCGGCAAUGGUACCGAUACCACAUCCACCUUCAUUAGUGAAGCGGUAAAGUUUGUUGGAAAUACAUUCUCAAAUAUGCAAAGAGAGGAUGAGAUUUAUGGACUUCCAAGAUAUCUCCCAGAAUCCAUCUACACAAAUGCUUCACUUUUACCUCGUUCAAAUCUUUUGAGAGAAGGUUUAUCGAUGUUUUUAGUAACUGCUAUCUUUGGAUGGGUACUUUACUUUACAGUAGCUUAUCUUUCUUAUAUUUUCGUAUUUGAUAAGAAGAUUUUCAACCAUCCAAGAUAUCUUAAGAAUCAAAUUUAUUUGGAAAUUGAAAGGGCUUCUACUGCUAUUCCAGUUAUGGUUUUAUUAACUCUUCCAUUUUUCCUACUUGAAAUUAAUGGAUUUUCUAAAUUAUACAUGGAUAUUAAUGAAUCUACUGGAGGUUGGAAAGCUAUUUGGACUCAAAUUCCAUGUUUCAUUCUUUUCACUGAUUGCUUUAUUUACUUAAUUCAUAGAUGGUUACAUUGGCCUUCUGUUUAUAAGCGUUUACAUAAGCCACACCACAAGUGGAUUGUGUGCACACCAUUUGCAUCCCAUGCUUUCCAUCCAGUUGAUGGAUUUUUCCAAUCAUUGCCAUAUCAUUGGUUCCCAUUCAUGUUCCCAUUACACAAGGUUUCAUACUUGCUUCUUUUCACCUUUGUUAACUUUUGGACUGUAAUGAUUCAUGAUGGUCAAUAUUUAUCCAAUGAUCCAUUCGUCAAUGGUACUGCAUGUCAUACCGUUCAUCAUUUAUAUUUCAACUAUAAUUAUGGUCAAUUCACUACUUUGUGGGAUAGAAUUGGUAACUCCUACAGAAGACCUGAUGAUAACUUAUUCGUAAAAGACACCAAGACUUCUGAUGAUAAGAAGGUUUGGGCUGAACAAACCGUUCAAAUGGAAACUAUCAGAGGUGAAUUAGAAGGUAAGGAUGACGAUAGAGUUUACAAAUAA